AUGUCUCCUCCCUUCACCCCGCUCUUUAUCGAUGGUGAAUGGCGCCCAGCCAGCACCGGCGCGACCUUCGACGUCCUCAACCCGCUCACGGGCGAGGUCGUCGGCACCUCCGCCGCCGCCUCCGCCGCUGACUGCGCCGCCGCUGUCGACGCCGCUCAGCGCGCGUUCGACGGCGUGUGGGGCGCGACGUCGCCAUCCGCGCGGCGCGACCUUGUUCUGCGCGUCGCGGACCUGCUCGCGACGGAGAAGUACCGCGACAAGAUCGUCGAGGCGGGCAACGCGGAGACGUGCACGACCGAGGACAUGCUCGGGUCCGCCUGGCACGGCCAGAUCGCGUACCUUCGCGGCCACGCGGGCUUCUCGAGCAUCCCCAUGGGCGAGACCUUCCCGUCUGCCAUCCCGGGCGGGCGCGUCUUCAUGAAGCGGGCUCCGUAUGGCGUUGUGUUCGGCAUCGCACCGUGGAACGCGCCGAUCAACCUCACCAUCCGCGCGAUCGUGGUCCCCAUCCUAUGCGGCAAUACCGUCGUCAUCAAGUGCUCCGAAGACAGCCCACGCACGCAAGCCAUUGUCAUAGAGCUCUUUGAAGCCGCCGGGCUCCCGAAGGGCGUCAUCAACUACAUCUCGACCUCGCGGGAGGACGCCCCCGCCCGGACGGCGGAGAUCAUCGCGCACUCCAUGGUCCGCAAGAUCAGCUUCACCGGCAGCGACCGCGUAGGGCGCAUCAUCGCGAUGGAGGCUGCGAAGCACCUCAAGCCCACUGUACUUGAGCUCGGUGGCAAGUCCCCCGUCGUCAUCCUCGCCGACGCCGACGUCCCGCGCGCGGCGCGCGCCGUCGCGUCCUCCACCCUCCUCAACUCCGGCCAGAUCUGCAUGUCGACCGAGCGCGUGAUCAUCCAGCGGGGCGCCGCGCCCGCGUUCCUCGACGACCUCGCCGCCAUCUUCAAGCAGGUCUCCGCCGGGGACGUCUCGACGCCGUACGCGGGCGCGCGCAUCGGCGCGCUCUUCAGCGAGGCCUCUGCGGAGAACGUCGUCGCGCUGCUCAAGGACGCGGCCGCCGAGGGCGCGAAGAUCCUCGUGGGAGACGCGUCGCGGCAGGGACCGCUCGUCCAGCCGCACAUCGUCACGGAGGUCAAACCCGGGAUGCGCAUCUGGGACCGCGAGAGCUUUGGGCCGGUGGUGAUCGUGGCGGUGGUGGACACCGUAGACGAGGCGGUCGCGUUGGCCAAUGCCUCGGAUUACAGCCUCAUGGCGGCGCUGUGGACAAGGGACAUCUACAACGCCUUCGGUGUGUCCGAGAAGAUUCGUUCAGGAUAUGUCAACAUUAACGGCCCAACGGUGUACUACGAGUGGAUGCGUAGCCUGGCGGGACUGGGCGGCUCGAGUGGGUAUGGAUAUUUCAAUGUCGAUGAAUGGACCCAGUUGAGGAUGUCCGUCCUCCACUCGGAGAAGGAGCCGCCAUACCCUGUGGUUUCUCGGCUGAACCAGUGA